AUAUAUAUAUAUUCAUCUUUGAUGAUUAUCCUUUUUCGUUAUUUUUAUCAUUCAAAUAAAAACUUGUAUAUACACUUUUUUUUGGGAAUUCUUAUAUCGGGGUUUUAAUAGUGAUGAAUGCGUAAAGUCAUCUUGUCUUCAUUUUUUAGAUUUUCUCCCCUUUCUCCUAUCCAAUACAUACCUUCGUAAUGGCUCCUGUCAAGGCUAACGAACUUCGUAACAAGAACAAGGCUGAACUUGUCAAGCUCCUUGAUGAAGCUAAGCAAGAACUUGCUUCUCUCCGUGUCCAAAAGGUGGCUGGUGGUUCUUCUUCCAAGCUCCAAGAAAUUGGUCGUGCUCGUCGUAACGUUGCUACCAUCUUGACUGUCAUCAACCAAACUCAACGUGAACAACUUCGUCUUUUCUAUCAAAAGAAGAAGUUCGUUCCCUUGGAUCUCCGUGUUAAGAAGACUCGUGCUAUGCGUCGUGCUUUGACUCCUUAUGAACGUAGCUUGAAGACUGUCAAGGAACAAAAGAAGGCUCUUGCUUUCCCUGCUCGCAAGUAUGCUGUCAAGGCUUAAAU